AUGUCAAACUUAUCAACCGCAAAAACGACACCGUCUGCAAAAGCAGCCCGUCAAUCUAUUGAACAUGUCGCCCGUGAUUUCAAUACAGAUACAACAAAGGGCCUCUACUCCUCAGAUGUGAUGGGCUUACGUGCCCUGUAUGGCACAAACGAACUCGAAGCAGCUGAUGAAGAAUCCCUGUUCUCCAAGUUUCUCGAUUCUUUCAAAGAUCCUCUCAUUUUGCUGCUGCUCGGCUCAGCCUGUAUUUCUGUUAUUAUGGGUCAAUUUGAUGAUGCUAUUAGUAUUACCAUGGCUAUUGUCAUUGUCGUUACAGUUGCCUUUGUUCAAGAAUAUCGCUCCGAGAAAUCACUGGAGGCUUUGAAUAAAUUGGUGCCACAUCACUGUCAUUUAGUCAGAGAUGGACAAAUUUCGGAUGUAUUAGCAAAUGAUUUGGUACCUGGAGAUGUUGUGCAUUUUGGUGUUGGCGAUCGUAUUCCUGCUGAUUGUCGAUUAACUACUUGCGUUGGACUUGAAAUUGAUGAAUCUAAUUUGACAGGUGAAAACAAGCCUAGACGUAAGAUUUCCGAAGCUAUCUCUACUGCAUCUUUUGGUGAAUUGGCUUUGAAUGAAAGAGAGAAUAUUGCUUUUAUGGGUACUCUGGUUAGAAAUGGUCGCGGUGAAGGUAUUGUCGUUGCUACUGGUAAAAGCACUGAAUUUGGUCAUGUUUUUGAAUUGAUGCAAGAGGUUGAAGUCAGAAAGACACCCCUUCAAAUCAGUAUGAACGAUCUUGGAAAGCAACUCUCCAUGUUUUCGUUUGCAGUGAUUGGUGUUAUCGUCUUGAUUGGUAUCAUUCAAAAGCGUAGCUGGCUAGACAUGUUUACUAUUGGUGUCAGUCUUGCCGUGGCAGCUAUUCCCGAAGGUUUGCCUAUUGUCGUUACUGUCACUCUUGCAUUGGGCGUGCUCCGUAUGGCCAACCGCAAAGCAAUUGUCAAACAACUACCCUCUGUUGAGACAUUGGGCAGUGUCAAUGUGGUCUGCGCUGAUAAGACGGGUACAUUAACUGUGAAUCAAAUGACGGUAACCAAGGUGUUUACUGUCGAGAAUCAGGAAUCGUUUGAUUAUGAAUACCGGGUCCCUUCUAGUAUUCCCGAGGCAUUGCGCCAAACGCUUCGUGUUGGUAAUCUGUGUAACAAUGCUCAGUUGGGUGAAGGAGGAAAGUUGUAUGGCCAGCCUACUGAAAUGGCACUUUUGGAUGUCGUUCUUCGUAGUGGUAUGAAGGAUGAACGUAUGCAUUAUGAUCGUCUCGAAGAAGUGCCAUUUGAUUCGGAUACAAAGUACAUGUCUGUGACAUGUCGUGAAAAGGAUGAUCACACAUCUGCUGGCACUGUCUAUGUAAAGGGUGCUACUGAAGUGAUUAUGGACAGAUGCACGACUUACUACACCUCCAACUACACAAAGAUGCCAUUUACGCUUGCUUUGAAAGAAACUGUCACUCAACAUGUAGCUGCCAUGAGCUCCCAUGGUCUUCGUGUACUCAGUACGGCAUUUGGUGACAACGAGAACAACCUCUGUUAUACUGGAUUUUUGGCUGUGCAUGAUCCUCCUCGUCCUGGUGUUGGCGAUGCCAUCAAGAAACUGAUCCAAGGUGGUGUCAAGGUCGUAAUGAUAACUGGUGAUUCUGAAGCCACUGCCAUGUCUAUUGCUCGCCGCUUAUGUAUUCCCAUCAACGCCAAGGGAAGUUGCAUCACAGGUCAUGAUAUUGAAACCAUGUCUGAACGUCAGCUUCAAGAAAUGAUCCAUACUGUCUCUGUCUUUGCUCGAACUACUCCCAAACACAAACUGGCUAUUGUGCGCGCAUUCCAAGAAACGGGUGCUGUGGUUGCCAUGACAGGCGAUGGUGUCAAUGAUGCGCCUGCACUUAAGAUGGCUGAUAUUGGUAUCUCUAUGGGUAAGAGUGGCACUGAUGUGUCCAAAGAAGCCGCUGAUAUGAUUUUGGUCGACGAUGAUUUCUCUACAAUUUUGCACGCUAUUGAAGAAGGCAAAGCCAUCUUUUACAAUAUCCAGAACUUUUUGACAUUCCAAUUGAGUACAAGUAUCUCUGCUCUUUCGUUGAUUGCUAUUUCUACUCUGUUUGGCUUGAAAACUCCCUUGAACGCUAUGCAAAUUCUUUGGAUCAAUAUCAUCAUGGAUGGCCCUCCUGCUCAGUCGUUAGGUGUCGAGCCUGUCGAUCCCGAGAUCAUGAAGAAACCACCAAGAUCUCGCAACGCCAACAUUUUGACUAGGCCUCUCAUCACUCGUGUUUUGACUGCAGCUUUCAUUGUUACUGUGGGCACCAUGUUUGUCUAUAUUUCUGAAAUGGCAGAUGGUGUUGUCACCAACAAGGAUGCUACUAUGACUUUCACAACUUUUGUGUUCUUUGACAUGUUUAAUGCUUUGGCUUGUCGAUCCGAAAAGCAAUCCAUCUUUACUGUUGGGUUCUUCUCUAACAAAAUGUUCAACAUAGCUGUAGGAGGUUCUCUUGUUGCACAGAUGUUUGUGGUCUAUGUGCCCUUCUUCCAGGCCAUCUUCCAAACUGAACCCUUGUCUCUCUACGAGCUGGGCAAGAUUAUACUUGUUACUAGCUCUGUGUUCUGGGUGGAUGAAGCCAAAAAGAUGUUUAGACACAAGGGACUAGGUAUUGCUAGAACGUCGGGCGGCUCUCGCAUCAAUUAUCGAAUUGUUCAGUCUGAUGAAAUUGAGAGUGCCAUUGACCUUGUUUAG